ACGCUAAAUGAUGUUGAACAGAUGAAGUUAUCGUUUCUCCGUGCUGUUUGGGGUUUGCUGGACGCAAGCUUGCUGUUUGUCGCCUAACCUGCCUGUCUCUAAUGCCUGCCUGUGUCUAACGCAGUUUCUGUUUACUGAUCGUAUAACGUCAGGCGCAUUUGAUUCAAAACAGUCACUACUUGGUAAUCUUAGUAGCCAGGUAUUCUAGCCAUCUGUGUUUGCUCAGUUGUCCACAUGGAUGUGUUGUGCUGCUGGGAAGCAUGCCAGGUCUUCCAUUCGUCGAGGUCAGUGCUUCCUUCGAGUAGUGUUUCCCUUCCGUUAAAAUGGCGUUUCUCAUAGCGCUCCCCUCCGUGUUUGGAGUAGGGCUAAUGAUGUUCAAGAAAUCGUUUGCAGUUAGUCUUGUUUGAGAUUAACUGCGACCGCCUGAAGUGGACAAGAUCGGGCGGCGAAAAGAGCUGUAGUCAAGUUAGACCGUUUGCAGCAGCUUUCAAAAUAUGUACAGGAAGUUACAGCAAUAUUUACAUCCUGUUAGAUCUACCCGUAGUUUAAAACCAUGUUAAAACUUGUAUUAUUAUCAACCACCAAAGAUAUGUGUGGUCACUAAUGCUGGCUUUGAACUCAGAGCUGGUAACAAUCUUGAUGGUUCUUUUCCUCUUUUGCCGGAGGACACGACAUCCAUGAUUUCCAAAAAUAAUUUGAAAGAUGCAGGGCACCAUGAGCAGGAGCAGCAGCAGUUCAAUCACCCAUGGUGUACCAGUGGUGGCGGUGUGCCUUGCUGCUUUGCUCUUCAGCAAUGCCUUGAUCUACCUAUAUCUGGACUCUUUGUAUCAGACUGAUGAGCAGCCGGUGACCUCUCAUGUAGGCUGUGAACCUCGACACUUUAAAAUGGUGACCAUGAAAAACUGCACCCCCUGGCUUCAGUGUUCACAGAUCAGUGCUGAAGUACGCAAGCUAAAGCUGAUUGGCCAGGGAGCUGUUAAGAAGGUCUAUCUAGCAGAGUGGAGGGGUCAGAAAGUGGCCCUGUCCAAACUAUCCUCUCUGGAUUACCUGGAGGAUUUUCUCCACGGAUUGUCUAUGUUACAGGCCCUGCAGGGCCCCCCGGUGGUGCAGUUGGUGGGCUUUUGCCUUGAAGAGCACACCCUGGUCACAGAGCACCACCCACUGGGCCCACUACUCAACUUGGAUAGUGUUCUUGCACAAGAGCAGCACCGGCAACACAACACAUGGCAGGUUCGGCUGAGGCUGGCUACAGAUUAUGUCUUUAUCCUCCAUUAUCUCCAUAACAGCCCAGCUGGGCGGCGGGUUAUGUGUGAUUCUAACAGCCUGGAGAAAACUCUUUCCCAGUUUCUGCUGACAAAUGACUUUCACCUGGUAGUGAACGACCUUGACGCGCUGCCUGAGGUGGACCUAUCCAGAGGCUUGUUGGUGAAAUGUGGUCACCGGGAGCUCACUGGGGACUUUGUUGCCCCAGAGCAGCUGUGGCCAUACAGAAACAAAGGACAGCCAUUUUCAGACGAUCUCAUGCCUGGGUAUGAUGAGAGGACAGACAUCUGGAAGAUCCCAGACGUGACAUGGUUCCUGAUGGGAAGGGUACCUGGAGGGGAUGUAGUCCACUUCCAUCUUUUUCAGAUCCACGAGCAGUGUAAGAAGGAUGACCCCAAGCUCCGUCCAUCAGCCCUGGAUGUUUUGAAGUUGUACAAAUCAGUCUACAUAAGCAUGGUGCGAGACAAUGCUGGCUUCAGAGACAUGCUGUAGAGUGCAUGUCACUUAAAAAGACCAUGAACAUAAAAUAAAAUUUCAAGCUACAGGUUUACAGUGUUGUGCAGUAUAAUAAAUGCUACUGGUUUUGGAACCAA